AUGGCGCUCUCAAAACAGAAAAUCGUUGAUUUAAUCUGUUCUGUGGUUUUCAUUAACACGAUAAUCUGAAUUGUAUAUCGGGAAUUGUAUUAAAAUUUGAGGUUGACAGUUAUGAGAUUUGUAUAAAGGAUAUUGCAAGUGACAUGUUAUAGGUUAUUAACAUUAUGACAUAAAUACACAUAAAUAUGAAACAACAAGUCAUAGAUACCAAAACAAUUUCUGGAUCAACAGGAGAAGCUGACGAGUGUUUGUUUGAAUAUUUACAUGCUGAAAUAGUUAAUUAUGUUUUAAGUUUAUCGCUAGAUACAAAGGAAGGUAAAGAGGAUCUGUCUCGAUUGGAAUGGAUGGGAUUUAGUGUUGGAUAUAAAAUCAUUGAACGAUUAACAAGAGAAUGGAGUCGUUUCAAAGAUGAAUUAGAUAUGAUUAAAUUUAUAUGUACAGAUUUUUGGUGCAGCUUAUAUCAUAAACAAAUUGAUAAUCUUAGAACAAAUCACCAUGGGGUAUAUGUAUUACAAGACAAUUCAUUUCGUUUGUUAGAUAAAGUCGGUACUAAUAAUACUAAACAAUAUCUUCCAGAAAGUCCACGCUUAUUAGCAUUUACAUGUGGUUUAUUACGAGGUAGUUUAGCAAAUCUUGGUAUUGUAAGUACUGUAACAGCGGAAACGUCAGCUUUACCAAGUUGCAAAUUCCAUGUUCAAGUACAAAGAAUUUAACAUGUAUAGCUAAGAUAAUAUGCAUUUCAUAUGAUUUAUCACUACAUUAUUGAUAUAAAGUCUGAAAGAUAUAUAAUGUUCUAGUAAUGGAUAUGAGUUUUAUAGUUAACAUGAAGAACAUGUCAAUUAUAUCUAAAAUUUUCUAUAAAUUGUAAAUGAUGUAAAGAAUUAAAACUUAACAUAUACAAGUAAAAUAAAUAUGUAAGUAUUAUGUAACAUUAUAAUUUAUUGGCACUUAUAGAUGUUUAGGCUUUUGCAACUUUAUAAACAUAAUGGAAUAAUUAGCAGUUUUCAAACAUUGAUAUAUUACUGACAUUUAAUUCUUACUCCACCAUAAUAUUCUUUAAUACAAAUUACAUAUGUCUACAAUUCUAUAUUGUUCCAUUAAUUUAUUAAUAUAAAAUUAUAAAAACAGCGAUAUACAAAAACUUAUGUGGAUCCAUUAGUUUGUAAAGUAUUGUCUUUACUAGAAAUAAAAUUAACAAUGUCAGAAGGAUUUAUAAUUCCAACUAAAGCAUCAUUGUUUAUAUGAUCUACAACAACUACAUAAGCUUCAUGUUCGAGAACUAAUGAAAGUUUUAUAAGAGUUGUUGUAGAUAAGACCUUUACGAAAUGUUUUAUCAUAAUAUUUUCUACACAAUCUGUCUGUUUAAUUCCACCAAAUAUUAGCUUACUCAUAAGUACUUGCAUUGUAAGAACACCUUUAACUUUUUCCUCAUUAUCAAUAAUUACAACUUGAUGUGAAUUUGUGGUUUUAAGAAUAUGGAUAGCUUCUUGACAUGUAGCUGUUUUGGAUAAUAGAGGAGGUUUAGUUAUGGAUAAAGUUGAAACUGGGUAAUUGGACCACCAUUUAUUUGAUUCAUCUAGUGAUGGUAUGUCCUGCAAUAUACAAUAAAUUUUCUUUAGUUAAUAAAUUCGAGCUUGAUGUAUCUAUAAUAUAUAAUAAUGAAACUUAGUUUAUAAAAGAUCAUAUAUUUAAAAUUCUAUCUUGCAUAAAAUAUUUUUAUUCGUAAAUAUAUUUUUUUAUAAGUGUUACCAAAAAGCCUCUAAUUUCCAUCCAUUUAUCAGAUACAAAUUUAGUCAUAUAAUUUCGUAUCCCAUCAGGUAGGAUAAUAACAACACGUUUUUUUGCAGGGAUAUCUUUUGCAAUUUUUAGAAAUGCAGACAAAGCAGCACCACUACUACCUCCACAUAAUAAUCCUUCUUGUUUGAUAAGCAUGCGUGCUGCAUUUAGUGAUUCACAAUCAUUAACUUUUACCCAUUUAUCUACUACAUUACGAUCCAGCACAGUAGGUAGAAAAUCAUAUCUUAAAGAAAUUACUUCAGUAAAACAGUGCAUAGAACUUACAAGUAUUAGUGAAUAGAAUUUAUAAUGAAUUUUAUAAAUCACAUACCCAAUUCCCUCUACUUCAUAAAAACUAACAUCAUGUUCAUUUAACUCAGAUGGAAAUGCAAGAAUACUGCCGAUAGGAUCAACUGCAAUGAUUGUUACUUCAGGAUGUAAUUCUUUCAAUUUACGUCCAAUGCCGCUGACAGUUCCUCCUGUACCAGCACCAAUUACGACAUAAUCUAACUUUCCAUCACACUGUUUCCAAAUUUCCAUUGCAGUUUGGUCAUAAUGAGCCAGAGGAUUUCCACUAUUUGUGUACUAUAUAUGAAUAACAUAUUUAUACUAUUAAUAUAAUAAGAUUUUCAACACACGCACAUACAGAAAUGCCAAAAAUAUAUCAUCAAUUAGAAAAGAUGUUAAAUUUACUUGGUCAAGAAUAACACUAUUAGGAAUUUCUUUUUGAAGUUUUUGAGAAAUACUAAUAUGGCUUUCAGGACUAUUCCAGGCUGCUUCUGUUGGUGUUCUAACUAUUUCAGCUCCAAGUGCACGUAGAGUAAGUACUUUUUCAUUGGACAUCUUUUCUGGCAUAACAAUAAUACACCUAUAUCUUUUAACAGCUGCAGCCAUUGCUAGACCAAUCCCUGUGUUACCACUUGUUGGUUCAAUUAUAGUAGAACCUGGCUUUAAUAUCCCUUUUUCCUCUGCAUCUUGGAUCAUUCUAUAAGCAAUUCGGUCUUUCACAGAACCACCAGGAUUCAUAAAUUCACAUUUUGCAACUAAAAUGUAAUAAUCAAAUAUUCUAUAUUAAUUUCAAUAUUAGUAGUUUUUGGGUAUGAAAUUUGAAUACUUACAUAUUUCACAUUCUAGUCCAUGUAGUUGUGGAAUGGUAUUUAAACGUACCAUAGGAGUUUGACCAAUAGCUUCCAAAAUGUUAGGUAAAACAUUAUUUCGAUUUGAAAAUCUGAAGAUUUAUAACAUUUGUAAAACUAUAAUUUCUAUAUACAAAAUUUUAAAUGAAUAUUUCUUAUUUUAACAAAUAAAGCAAAUAAAGCAAAUAAAGUAAAUAUAGCAAAUAUGUACAUACUCUUUUCUUAUUGUGUGUGGUGUAUUUGUCGCAUUUGCUCUCCAUGUGCAAUGGCUUAAUCGAUCAGGACGUUCUAAUUCCAUUACACAAACCUAUUUAUGCAUAUAAAAACUUAUUAAAUUCGUCAUAAUGUUUAUAUUGACAAUUUAAUACAUAUCAAUUUUAAUAAUUAAAACUACAUAUAUAACUUACUUUCUACAACAAGAAGAAAUUUUAAUUUAAUUAUGUGCUAUAUAAAAAUUCUGCUUUUUAUUACUUUUAAAAUGUAUGGUAUCGCAUAAAUUAGUUUUUACUAUACAAUAAUUAAUAUUAUGAAAGUACAUUACAAUUUUUAUGAGAGUAUAAGUAACAUCUAAAUGUUAUGUAGUUGAUAAAAAUAAUAGGUAGAUAAUAUACAAAAAUCCAGAAAACUAGAUACACUUUACCACGCUACACUUGUUCCACAGCUAACCUGUUCUGUGCUUUCAAUGCUGCCAACUACAAAUAUAUGAACUAUCUUAUCAAUAUGUAAAAAUGAUUGUUUUUAAGGCUAUAUACUACUUUUUGUUCAAAACAUGUGUGACUUCAACAAGAGGUAUGGACAAAAUGUGAACUACGAAACAAGCGGGAAACGCUGUCCUCACCAUCAGAUCGGUAUGUAAGCUUGUUUGGUUAUUCUCCCCUCUCAUGCGACAUAAAUUGGUUUCAUGUGAGCAGAGUAAAUAGUUUAGUAGAUUCUGAAUGCACACUUUUCAGUCUUUCAUAUAUAUAUAUCUUUCUUUGAUAGUAUCGUGCUUCUUGCAGUGAUCCGUGCUAGAUACGAUGUCGGUACUUAUUUGUUUUACGAUAAAUGCAUAAAUAUAAUUGACACAUAAGAAUUAGUAUAUAAAUCUGCAACAAAAAUAAGAAUUUUUCGAAUAUUUUCUUAAAAAUAAUUAGUGAAUAUUUAUAUAUUAUAUUAUUUUAAUACAAAUUAAAACAUGAGUUCAUUUCCACACUACCUAUGAAGUAAAAUUCCCAGCGCUUUUUUUUACGUGGUUUUCCCUGUAGUUCACUCUAUACGACUUUGAUUAUUACUACUAUUAAUAAUAAUAUACUACUGUUACUAUUACUGAUAAUAAUAAUAAUAAUAAUAUUAUAUAAUGUAAUAUAUUAUAAUAUAAUAAUAAUAAUAAUAAAAAUGUACGUAAAUAUUAUUUAUAUACAUCUAGAUAUUAUUUAAUACAUUUUAUAUUAUAAUAGUAAAGACGAUUAGCUUUGACUGAUCAUGAGAAAGAAACAAUAUAAAAAUAAAUACAUUAUGAUCAUAACGUAAUAAGACAAAAAGAAACAAUAGUGGACGAAAACAAAAGAAAUGUUUCGUACUUUUCUUCAUAUAUUGUUUAUAUUAGAUAGGCGGUCAUGUGUCCAAAUUAUCAAGGACACGAUUUGUUGAGAAUUCGUAUGUCAAACCAUCACGUAAAAUGAUACAUAUUCCUUCUUUUGUUAUCAUAAAUUACUUUCAUUAUGUGUCAUGUUGUAUACAAGUAGAUUCUUCUAUUUCUUCUUAUUAUUAUAUUAUUACAUUAUAUAUUAUUAUUAUAGUAAUUAUACUAUUAUAGUAUUAUAGUAAUAAUAUGAAGUGAACUUCUUCAGAAGAAACUAUAACAAAAUUGCACUGGAAGAAAAAUCUCGUAAUGUGAAAACAAACUCGAUCUUUAUUAAAAAUAAUAUUUAAUAUAUAUGUUCACUAAUUAUUAAUUUUGAAAAAAUAAUCAACAAAUGUAUAUAAUUUAUAUACAUUUGUCAUUGAAUAAAAUUAUACUGCUGCUGUGUCUUAUCUAGCAUAUAUCAUCGCGAAAUUCACAUCAAGCAUUAGUGGAGAAAAUAAAUAUAAGAGAUUGGAUAGUAACACCUUACUAAAUUAUCAAAUAAGGAAAAAAAAGUAAAUUAAUUCAUUAUUUUCGUUUACAUCGAUACAAUAAAAAAAAACCAAUUAUGCCUCGAACCUAAGAUUUCCUGUAUUACGAAUCUAGAUGAUUGCCAAUGUGCUACACAUUAUUUAUAGAAUCUUUCUCUUUUUAGUCUAUAAAAUCUAAAAAAAACUACAAAUUUUUACAAAAUUUAACAAUAUUUUAAAAACUCAGAUUCCUUGACAUAAACUAUUGGACAUGUAUUUCUUUAUUUUUACCAUAAAAUUAUCUGGCUAAAGCUCAUUUAUGAAAUUGAAUGAGUAGCUUCUCCGCGCGAGGAUCGAGAAACCUAUUCCUUUAUAUCUGGAAAUGUUCAAAAAAUCUGAAUCAGCUAUUUAAGCAGCAACCAAACAGGCAAUUACUACUUCAAGGAUAUAAAACAUACACCAUUCAAGAGUCUACAUGGAAAUCAGUAAUGGGGAUACGAGCUUUAUCUCUUUUGCCGGAAAUUUUAAAAGACGUCACAGUACUAAACUUUUUCUUCGCGAAAAAUGUCGAAAAUAUCAUUUGCGUCAUCAAGGAGAAUAGAAGUAAUUCUCGAUCAAUUUUGAUGAAAAAGAUUUUAUUUUAAAGAAAAAGGUUUAAUUUACGAUGCCCUUUCGGCGGAGUUUUGAAAAAGCUUUUUAUUUAUGUAUAAGCUAUUUUUGAAAAAUACCAUUUUUUAACCCGAUUUUUUCCAAAGAAAAUCAAGCUUUUUCAAAAAUUCUCUGAAAGAGUGCCGUAAAUUAAACUUUCAUCUUUAAAAUGAGACCUUGUUCAUUAAAAUCGGUCAAUAAUUACGCCUGUUCUCAUUGAUGGCAUAAACUAUUAAAAACCACCAAGUAGUGAACAGCCUUAAUGAUAAAUCAUUUUAUUGAGUUUGAAAUAGUAAUAUAUUAUUUUAUUAGACUUUAUAAAAUAAUACUUUACAGAUACACAUUUUAUAUUAUUGUUUUUUAUUCUUGUACUCGUAUAUCAAAGUUUCCUGUUUUUUAAAUAGAUAAUCUUUAUCUUUAAGUGCUAACAAAUUCCUUAAACAAUUAAGAUUAAAACCGGUUUUUUCUAAAAAUUGACGUUUACUUUGAAUGAUGUGUGACACAUCGAUGCAGUUUUCAGUAUUGCUUUCAUAUUUUAGUAUACGAUAAUAUUUUUUGUUAGAUUGCAUGUAAAAAUAAAGUAUGUUCAUGAACUUUGUUUCUUCUUUGUAAAAAGUAUUAUCUUCAUGAUCAAAAGGAUUUUCAACUAAUGAAGAUUGCCUGGUAUGAAGUUUAUCAAGACCUAUGAACUUUCUUAUAAAUUCUAUGUUAUCAUUUAGAUAAAAAGAAUUACAUAACGAUGUAUAAUACUCUAUUUCCAACAGUAGUUGUUGGUAUAUAAUUUCGUCAUGUUCACACAUUUUUUUAUCACCAUAUAUAGCAGACAUAAUAUGAUUUUGUACAAUUGUAGUAACUGAAUUACAUAUAUCAGAAGUAUCAUUCUUCAGUAAUAUAAGACAACAAUGCAUAAUUAUCAAUUUGUUUUUAGAUUCUACCUCUGAAAAACGUUGAACAAAAAAUUGAAGACAUUCUGAUGCUUCAUUUUUUACAUAUUCAUUGUCAGUAAGACUCAUGUUAAAAAUUGCUGAUAAUGUUUUAUAUAUGAUACUUUCAUCUUUGCAAAAUAUUGCUAUUAAUAUAUUUUUGAAGUGUAGUACAUUAAUAUGUGAAGUAUCUUUAUCAAGCUUUGGAAUUAAAUUCAAAAUUGUUUCCUCUAAUUUUAAUUUAUAAAUAUCAAUUAAUAAUGAACAUUUAAAAGUUGUAAUUAUAAAUUUUAUUAUUGCAUUAAUGAUUAAUGCAUUACCAUUAUCAAUUAUUGAUAAUAAAAUACGUAAUAUAAUUUUAAGAAUUGGAGUGAAACAAUGCAAACGAGUUAAAAAAUUAAUAGUUUGUUCUAUAUAUUCAGAAUGAACAAUUUUAUCAAUGAUUUUCGAAUUAAAAUUACCAGUAUAUUUAAUAUGAUCUGCAUAUAAAUAUGUCAGAAUAUCUAUGAAUUGAUAAAAACUUGGUUUUAUCUUCUCCAUAUGUAAUAUACAUAAACUAUCUAAUAUAAUUUUAUCAAAAUACUCAAUGUUUGAUGGAGAUAAUUUCAAAUUAAAUAAUUCUAUGAGCAUGCAUUCUAAAGUAUAAUAUAUUUGUUGAUUGCUUUUAGUCUUUAGCUUAUUAUUCCAGAUCUUCACAAUAUUUUGAAUUCUAUAUUCGCUAAUACAUUUUUCAUCAGAAUAGAUAAUUGUUGAUUCCAUUGUUUUACAUGAAUUUAUAUUUUCUGCUUCAGCCAAAAAUUUCUCUUUUAAAUAUUUUAUAGUAAGUAAAUGCCCAUGUAUCUUAUUAACAUUUUUGAUUAAAAAAACAUUAAAUUUCAAUAUUUCGAUUUCUGAUUUAAUGCAUGAAAAUGCAGUUAAAGCUGCAUAUGCUUUUCCAGUAAGUAUUCUAACAUGUUCAAUAGGAUUAGCCAGAAGUUUACAAAAAUAACUUUUCAUUUCUUUUACAAAAUCAUAUGAUAAAUAAUCAAUGAAAUCACAACCACUAAUUGAAAACUUAGAAAGCAAUAUAAGGAUAUGUACAAUAUUUGAAUAUUCAUGUAACAUAGUGUUUGAAUUUUCAGAUAAUUGUGAAAAAACCUGAAGUUGUUUUAAUAUGUGAUUUGUUAGGAUUGGAUAAUGAGUGAUGAAAUGAUUAACGGAAUAUCCAUUUCCAAAAUCUAAUUCUUUUCCACCAGCACUUUGUCCUACCAAACGUGGAAUUAUAGAACCAAAUAAUUGAAGACUAGCAUUCCUAAAAAUUGAAAGUAUUGAUAAUUAGAUAAUAUUAAUCAUACUAACGAUCUUGAGAAAAACGUAUAAUGUGUAAUUGUUUACCUGAUUUGCCAAAUUUCUGAUCGUAAAUACUGAAAACAUACUAAAGAAAUACGCUCCAUAUAUGGUGUUAACUGUACAUGUAUAUUUUUGUCUGCUACCAAUGUACGUAAAAAAUAUAAAUGUCUUGCCAAUGGGAGAUCGUAUUUAUAUUCAAUAUUUUCAAAUUUAGUUUCAGACCACCUUUCUAAAGAAUAUAGUAAUUCUUGUAUAGAAAAAUGUAAAAGAGGUCUUCCUUUACGAUUAUCAUUAGAUACUAUUUUAUGAAACAUCAACGAAAAUCCAGCACCACGUCGAGUUAUAUUCAAAGUAUUUGUUGUUUUAUCUUCUAAUAAAUCUUUUACAUACAUUUUUAA